AUGGAGGCGUACGAAGAAGCAGAAGGCGAGUUUGAAAAAUACCCCAGCGACAAAUCCUCAUCGGUUUUCGAGGACACCUCACGAGUCUUGACUCCUUCAGAGGCUGGUGAAUGUCUUCACACGUUAGGAAAGUGCGAUUCCGGCCUGGGUUACGCUUAUUUAGGUCUGGACGCCUCCAACAAGGGUCUGACCGACAUUAGGAUCAUACCAAUGUUCAAGUACGUUCUUUACGUGGACGUUUCCGGAAAUAGACUGACCACCGACGAUCUUCGUCACCUUUCGAAGAUGACGUACCUUCUGAUGCUUCGUGCCGAUAGAAAUCGGGUGUCUUCUUCUGAAAUGGAACCGUUGCCGUACCUGCAGGUUCUCACACUAAACAAAAAUAAACUAACAAGCUCGUCGGGCAUCUCUCAUCGGCUUCUAGAAUGUCUGGAAUUAAACCACAACAAUAUCGAUGAAGUAACAUUGAAUCCGUACGAGCUAGAUAACCUAAAAACUCUAGAAAUGCGCGGCAACCUGCUGGUGACGACCAACGGAAUAUUUUUUCCUGGAUUGAUACGUUUGUAUCUGGCGGAGAAUCAAAUCGAGAGAUUGGAAGGCCUGGAAAUGUUGGUUAACUUAAAGAUUUUACAUCUGAGAAGUAACAAACUAUCGAAUUUGGACGGAUUUGACUCGCGUUGUGCCAAACUUGAUUAUUUGAACCUACGAAACAACGAGAUCGUGAAAAUCUCGGAGUUAGAAAAAUUGAAUUGCUUGCCAGCACUGGAGACUCUGAUUAUUUUGGAAAAUCCUGCUAUCGGCGACAAAGAAUCGGACGAAGAAAGUGUGUCCAGGCACAUUGUUUUAGCUAUGUUACCUAACCUGACACGACUCGACAAGGACCCGGUGCUUUAUCAUGAGAAGAGGGAAGCCAAGGAAUUUCAUAAACAGAUGAUGCUCGAUGGGACGAAGUUUACCGAUUUCAAUUUUAAAUAA